UACACAGUUGCUGUAUAAAAUAAAAUCACAACCAUGAAUAAACCCAUUAAACUCGCAAUAACCACUCUCUACAUGGCUUCUCUCUUUACUUUCUCUCUCUUCCUUUUCAUCACUCUCUCUUCCGCCACUCACCAUCACAACCACAAUCACCACCAACCUACUCCCUCCCCCUCCGUUUCUCCCACCGCCGGGUCAGAGAUCCAACAAGCCUGCAAAGCAACCCGAUUCCCACAACAAUGCGAAUCAUCACUCGCCAAUCUCCCUCCAAAUCCCACCGCUCUCCAACUCAUCCAAUCGGCCAUCAACCUCUCAUCUACCAAUCUCGUAACCGCCCAAUCCAUGGUGAAGGCUAUUCUAGAUUCUUCCUCCAGUAGCCGUAACCGCACCGUCGCCGCCACCACCUGUAUCGAAAUACUAACGAAUUCACAAAACCGCAUUUCUCUCUCCAACGACGCUUUAACACAUGGAAAAAUUAAAGACGCUCGAGCAUGGCUGACCGCCGCCUUAGUUUACCAGUACGACUGCUGGAACAGCCUGAAAUACGCCAACGACACUCACGCCGUCGGUGAAGCUAUGUCGUUUAUCGAUUCCCUUGAGACGCUCACUAGUAACGCCCUUGCCAUGGCGUUUUCCUACGACGUUUAUGGCAAAGACACGUCGUUUUGGAAGCCGCCUACCACCGAGCGCGACGGUUUAUGGCAGGCCACUGGAUCGGGCGGAGGAUCGGUGUCUAGCGUAGGGAUUCCGGCGAAGUUGACGCCGGAUGUUACAGUGUGUAAGGGAGGGGAGAAGGGUUGUUAUAAGACGGUGCAAGAAGCUGUUAAUGCUGCGCCGGAUAACGGCGUUGACAGGAAGAGGUUUGUCAUAUAUAUCAAAGAAGGGGUUUAUGAGGAAACCGUUAGGGUUCCGUUGGAGAAGAGAAAUGUGGUGUUUUUAGGUGAUGGAAUCGGGAAGACGGUUAUUACCGGUUCUGCUAAUGUGGGCCAGCCCGGAAUGACUACUUACAACUCUGCCACCGUAGCGGUUCUUGGCGAUGGAUUCAUGGCAAAGGAUCUGACGAUCGAAAACACAGCAGGUCCUGAUGCACACCAAGCAGUGGCAUUCAGAUUAGACAGUGAUCUUUCAGUAAUUGAGAAUUGUGAAUUUUUAGGAAAUCAAGAUACUCUGUAUGCUCAUUCCCUGCGCCAAUUCUACAAAUCAUGCCGCAUUGUAGGCAAUGUGGAUUUUAUCUUUGGAAACUCAGCUGCAAUCUUUCAAGACUGUCAAAUUCUGGUUCGUCCUAGACAACUCAAGCCAGAGAAGGGUGAGAACAAUGCCAUCACUGCUCAUGGUAGAACCGACCCUGCACAGAGUACAGGAUUUGUUUUCCAGAACUGUUUGAUUAAUGGAACUGAGGAUUACAUGGCAUUAUAUCAUAGUAAUCCUAAAGUGCAUAAAAACUAUUUGGGAAGGCCAUGGAAGGAGUAUUCUAGAACAGUUUUUAUUCAUUCGAUAUUAGAAGUCCUUGUUACACCUCAGGGUUGGAUGCCAUGGAGUGGUGACUUUGCACUUAAGACACUUUAUUAUGGAGAAUUUGAGAAUUCUGGUGCUGGUUCUGAUUUGUCUCAGAGAGUGUCUUGGAGCAGUAAAAUUCCCGCUGAACAUGUGUCGAGUUAUUCAGCGGAGAAUUUCAUUCAAGGAGGUGAAUGGAUGCAAUCAUCUCAUUUAUCAGCACAUCAUGGUAGGAGUCAUCACAGCACUCAUAGAAGGCAUGAGUAAAAUAGGGGAGUUUUCACUUAUUUACUCUAAUACUCCCUUUGUAAUUUACUUCUACCAUUUACUAAUACAAUAAUAACAUUAUCUGAAUUCAAUAGCAAUUGAAAAAGGGAAAAAUCCAAGGGAAGAUUAGAUAAAGUGAUAGAUCAUAGAGUCACUCCACAUACUUAGAAAGGGUCCCACUCAAUGUAUGGGGCAAUUUUAAAUUGGAAGAUAUAUGAUAUAUUUCUUG